CGCGCGCAACUGAUUGUGUGCAUCUGUUGGGAGGUCGCUAUGUUCGUCGACCUUUCUUUGACUUUGUCGAGUUAACGCACAACAACGAUCAAAGAUACUCCAAGGUAGCAGACAGUUUCGGGAAUACGCGCCACGUUAUACCGAGUGUGUUCCAGUUCGAUAACGAUAUUUGUAUAUUAUCGGUUAUUCGUCAAAUUCCAUCGAGAUCCAUAUAUUCGAAAUCCAAAACCAUGGCAUUAAAUAAACUUAGCAUCGAUAAAGUGGACCUAACGGAUAAACGUGUUCUCAUACGAGUGGAUUUCAAUGUACCGUUGAAAGAUGGUAAAAUCACGAAUAAUCAAAGAAUCGUCGCUGCUUUGGAUACUGUCAAGUAUGCGCUUGAAAAAAAGGCCAAGUCUGUUGUUUUAAUGUCGCACUUGGGCCGUCCAGAUGGAAAACAGGACAUGAAAUACACGCUUAAACCCGUUGCCGAUGAAUUGAAAUCUCUCCUUGGAAAGGAAAUUUUGUUCUUGAAUGAUUGCGUUGGACCAGAGGUCGAAGCGGCGUGUGCUAAUCCAGCACCAGGAACGCUCGUCUUACUUGAAAAUUUAAGAUUCCACGUAGAAGAAGAAGGGAAAGGCGUGGGUCCGGACGGAAAUAAGGUAAAAGCGGAUAAAGAAAAGGUCACCGCGUUUAGAGCGUCUCUGAGAAAAUUAGGCGACGUUUAUAUCAAUGAUGCUUUUGGUACGGCUCAUCGUGCUCACAGUUCGAUGCUUGGCGAAGGAUACGAUAUCAGAGCCAGUGGCUUCCUUUUGAAAAAAGAAUUGGAGUACUUCGCUAAAGCUUUGGACAAUCCGGAAAGACCUUUCUUGGCUAUACUGGGAGGUGCUAAGGUCGCGGAUAAAAUACAACUGAUUAAUAAUUUGCUAGAUAAAGUUAACGAAAUGAUUAUAGGCGGUGGAAUGGCUUAUACGUUUUUGAAAGUAUCCAAAAAUAUGAAGAUUGGCAAUUCGUUAUUUGACGAAGAAGGCGCAAAAAUUGUCAACGAUUUGUUAUCGAAAGCCGAAAAGAAUAAAGUUCAAAUACACUUACCAGUCGAUUUCGUUACCGCGGAUAAAUUCGCGGAAAAUGCAGCUGUAGGUGCAGCGGAUUUAGAAACCGGUAUACCUGAUGGUUGGAUGGGACUGGAUGUCGGACCAAAAUCGAGAGAAUUAUUUAGCGAACCUAUCAAAAGAGCCAAAACGAUAGUAUGGAAUGGUCCAGCGGGUGUUUUCGAAUUCGAGAAUUUCAGUAAAGGUACAAAGAGCCUCAUGGACAAUGUUGUUGAAGCAACCUCGCGAGGUAGUAUUACUAUAAUUGGAGGCGGUGAUACCGCCACUUGUGCUGCCAAGUGGAAAACCGAAGAUAAAGUAAGUCACGUAAGCACUGGAGGAGGUGCAAGCUUAGAACUGCUCGAAGGGAAAGUUUUGCCGGGAGUUGCGGCUCUUUCCUCCUCGUAAAUUACGAUCCAUCUAGUGCUAUUUACUACGUUUAUAGAAUCUAGUUUAACGUCGAUAUUCGCGGUGAUUCGCGAAUCAACGAAAUACCUCCUUUGUUUCUUCGGUGAUAAAAAUGUUACCGCAAUUUGCGUGCAUGUAAAAUCGAUAUCCUUUCUUCGAAACAACCUAUGUUAUUAUUCACUCGCGAUUAUGCGAAAUCUUUCUGUAUUUAUUCAAAAUAUCGAUAAUGUAUUCUACUUAUAUUAGAAAGAUAACCGAUAUCAAACGUUAUGUUUCGGUGAUCGUUUAUUACUGUUUAGGAUUAUCGUUUACGCAACGUUCUUUGCAUAAAAAUGCCGGUACCGUGUUUCGCUCGAAACUCCUAAUAUCUGUGUUCUAUGACUGAACAAUUUACCAACAAUUUAAUAAAUAAUGAUAGUGCACCGAUGUCAGAAAACUGACAAGUUCUGCACUAUGUUUAGAAAUGUU